GAUAUUAGUGUAGCAUAAAAUAUCUGUGGUCUGUAUCCACCAAGGUGUUAACUCCCUAUAAUGUCGUGACAUUCUAAAAAUAUAUUGUUUACAUCAGUAUUUGAACAACUGAGACAUCACAACAGACGUAUUCCGGUGUUAUGACAUUUGUAGAACAUAAAAUACAGAGGUAGAUAGGAACAAAUGAAACAGCUAUAUUUUUAUAUGUAAAAUGUUUUUUCAAAAGAAAAACAGAGAUGAUGAUAAAAUAGAAGAGAUAACAGUUCAUCCCAACACACAUGAACCAACUAAAGCGUGGCAAAAACUGCAAAUUCAUCAGAAGAAGGAAAGAGUUCAGCCAUUAGACUUAAGUACACAAAUUACAGAGGAUAAAAUACGAUUUGUGUGUUUAUCAGAUACCCAUAGUGUGUUAGAAAAAACAGAAGGAUACCAACUCCCAGCAGGUGAUGUUUUAUUGCACGCUGGCGAUUUCUCCAAUAUAGGAUUACCAACUGAUAUAGAGAAUUUUAAUAAUUAUUUAGAAACAGUACCCUAUAAAGUGAAAGUAGCAAUAGCUGGUAAUCAUGAUCUGACAUUUGAUGAUCAGUUUGUUAAAGAAGAUAGAGAAAGAUUAAAACAUUGUUUCCGUAUAACUGAGAAAAAUUUUGAAGAUAGAUUAAAACAACUGAAUAUCACCAAUAUAAAGGAAAUGUUGACGAAUUGUAUUUAUUUAGAAGAUCAGUCGUUAAAUCUGUGUGGUAUUAAAAUAUAUGGAACACCAUGGCAGCCAGAAUUCUGCGGUUGGGGAUUUAAUUUAAAACGUGGUCAGCCAUGUUUAGAUAAAUGGAAUCUUAUACCAGAAGAUACAGAUAUUUUAAUGAGUCAUGGUCCACCAUUAGGUUAUGGUGAUAAAUGUUUCGAUAAUAUCCGCACAGGAUAUGCUGAACUUCUUUCAACUAUUCAGAGACGUGUUAAACCAAAAUAUCAUAUAUUUGGCCAUAUACAUGAAGCUUAUGGUGUUACAACCGAUGGUUUUACUACUUAUAUAAAUGCUUCAACAUGUAAUCUACGUUAUAAAGCUGUCAAUCCUCCGGUCGUAUUUGAUAUGCCUAUACCUGACGGUCAUUCAAAAUCAGAACUUCUUUAUGUCUCUUGAUCUUAUCGAGAGUUUAAAGAGUCUCAGGGAAUUCUAUAACUGUUUAAUACCACACUGUUGAUAUUGUCUGUCUAUAGUCAGACUUCGAUCAUUAAUACACCAGGCCUUCACUAUAAUGUUGAUGUUGAGGUGCAUAGUAACCGGGUCCUCCGGUUUCCCCCCACUGCUAAAGACCCCUACGCUCAAGCGAAUUAUUGAAAUACAAUUAAACCAUAUGUUAGUUUCGAAAUGACCUAGUUUGUGUCGAGUGGACGUUAAACACAAAAAUAAUAUAUUGAUUACAAUUACUAUUUUAAUUAAAGCAAUCUUUCAUUGAGCGUUCUCUAACCAUCAAGUGAAUGAUGUUUGUUUCUUUUGUUGAAUUUACAUUUAUAUACUUUAUAAUUUAAACAUAAAGUUGUUUUAUAUACAGUUUU